GAGAAAUGUGCACAGUGAGCUCAUUUAGCAACUUGGACCUUUUCAUCUGACUGAAGUGCAUGGUAUUGCAAUAAGAGGGAAUUUGAAACUGAAGACGAGCCUGGAAUUUCUAAUGAAGAUGGCCAAGUUGUCAAUCCAGAUGGAGUUAUCUCUGAUUCUCAUCAUAUCUGCUCUGCUGGCAACAAGUGCACAGAAACCACUGUAUCUGAUCACAGCUCCCAACAUUGUUCAGCUGGAUGUGGACGAGACGGUGGCGAUCCAACUCCAUGAAGCCACCAAGCCUGUCACGGUGACACUGUUUUUUAAGCACCAGACAGCAGACAUGACCGUCUCAAAACAAGAAACUGUGGUACUCAAUGCAGGCAACAAUUACCAGGAAGUGGUCAAACUUAAGGUGGAUCCAGCCUUAUACAAAAAUGCAAGGGAAAAAAAGAGACAGAGAGAAAGUUCCACUCAUUAUGUCCAGCUAGUGGCAGAAAGCCCUGAUCUUCAUGGAACUAAGACACAAAAUAUAAUUUUGUCCACCAGAAAGGGCUACAUCUUUAUCCAGACCAACAAACCUAUUUACAACCCAGGAGAAAUCGCAAAUUUUAGGGUCUUCACAUUGGACAACUACAUGAUGCCCAAAGAUGAGGCCAUUGCACUGAGAAUAUUUAAUUCCAAAGGUUUGAUGAUAUAUAAACGUACGGUGCAGUCGAAACAAAUUCUUCAGGAUCAUGUAGCCAUCCCUGAUGUUGAGCAGGCUGGCCAUUGGAAAAUAGUUGCCUCAUUCUUAAACUCACAUUCUCAGACUGCAUCAAAUACCACUGUGGAAUUUGAAGUCAGAGAAUAUGUUCUUCCAUCAUUUGAGGUGAAAAUUGAGCCGGCGCAACCAUACUAUGUACUCAAAGAAGAGUCCUUUGAUUUCAAUGUGUCUGCCAGGUACACUUACGGGAAGGGUGUCCAUGGUAUAGCUUAUGUAAGAUUUGCCGUUAUCGACGAACAAGGGAAUAAGACCUUUCUACCUGGCAUUGAAGUACAGACUGCAAUCCAAGAUGGCAGUGCAGCAUUGACCCUGCUCACAAAGGAUCUGCGAGAACAGGCGCAAAACCGAAGCAUUAAUCUGGACAACUGUCGUCUUUACAUUGCAGUUACAGCCCUAGAAACCGCCAGUGGAGAGCUGGAAGAGGCAGAGAGCAGCACUGUGAAGAUUGUUACCACUCCUUACACAAUUGACUUGUCAAAAACAAAACAGUAUUUCACGCCUGAGGGGAUGUUUUCUAUUCUGGCUACUGCAACCUUCCCAGAUGGGACCCCUGCCCCGCACCUGCAAAUGAGGGCCACAGUUAGGGUGAACGAGCUUGCAGAGGAAUCUAUUGUUCUGCAAGGGUCAGGGAACAAUGCUGGCGAUGCUGUAUUCACCUUCAAAGUGCCCCAGCUGGCAAAAUCUCUGCACAUCAAGGUUUUUGCACAAGGAGAGGAUCAGGAUGUUGUCCGCAGCGACGCACACAUGAGUGCCACUGCCACCAGCUCCCAAAGCGGGAGUUACCUGAGCGUGGAGGUGCCCCACCUCAUCCUAGAACAGGGGCAAGAAAUGACUGUCACUUUCAGAGAUAUUACACACCCUGGAAGCGAAAGGCCCUCACACAUUUAUUACAUGAUUUUGAGUAAAGGCAAAGUGGUGCAAGUGAACAGGGUUGCACGGACAGAUGUCACGUCUGUCAGCCUGCCAUUCAGUCACGACCUGGUCCCUGCCUUCCGUGUGGUGGCCUAUUACUACAUAAAUCACCAGGGGGCGCCAAAGAUUGUGGCAGACUCAGUGUGGGUUGAUGUCCAAGAUGUCUGCAAAGGGCAGCUAGAAGUCCUGCCCUUCCAGCCAGAAUAUACACCAGGAAGCAAGAUAGACGUGAUGGUUCGUGCAGACAAGGGAAGAGUAGCACUGGCUGCAGUGGACACUGCAGUGUACAUAGUUAACAAGCAAAACAAGCUGACUGCCCAGAAAAUGUUUGAUUACAUGAACUCUUAUGACCUGGGCUGUUCCAUUGGUGGAGGAAAAAACCAUGAAUCUGUUUUCAAAGACGCUGGCCUCACUUACCUAGGGAGCAGUACCAUGGCACCAAAGAUAGAUUACACCUGUGACGGAAGGAAAUCACGGACAAAGAGAUCAUAUACACAUUUCCAGGAAUUCUCUGCCAUUGUGAACAGAUAUGGUCCAAGCUCAGCAGAGAGAAAGUGCUGUAAUGACGGAGCCAAGCUCAACAUGAGACUUUCCUGUGAACAGCGUCAUGCCAAGACUCUCCACCAGUCUGCCGAGUGCCGCGCAGCCUUCCUGAAGUGCUGCAAAGACGCCACAGCACUGAGAGAGAAGAUCAGAAGAAGCAAGAAGAAAUACAGUCUGGCCAGAUCGGAGAGUGACGAGGAAGAGGACGCCAUCGACGAGACAAACAUCAAGCUCCGCAGCCACUUCCCACAGACAUGGAUGUGGGAGACCGUGAACGUGGGCACCUCUGGUCUUGUAAGGCAUCCUGUUACCCUUCCAGACUCCAUAACCACUUGGGAGGUUCAAGCCAUUGGCAUGUCCACCACAAAUGGGUUUUGUAUAGCUGAACCUAAGCCCCUGAAGGUCUUCCAGGACUUCUUUGUGUCUGUAAAAUUGCCUUACUCGGUUAAAAGGAAUGAGCAACUUGAGGUGAAAGCUGUCGUCUAUAACUAUGGGCCAGAACUUUUACAGGUGACAGUUAAGAUGACCUCUGUGGAUGGCCUGUGCAGUGCAGGUGGUGACAAGGACAAGCAGGUGGUGUCAGUGCCAGGGAAUUCAGCAGUGCCCGUCUACUUUGUGGUCGUCCCUCUGAUUAUUGGCGACAUUCCCAUCCAAGUGACUGCCUACACCUCUAUGAAAACAGCUGAUAGAAUAGAGAAGAAACUCAAGGUUGUGGGAGAAGGGGAGCUCGUCUCUGUGCAUCAAGAACAUAACAUUGAUGGAAGAAAUGCUAAACAGCUGGAUAUCCACAUCCCAGCUCCUUCAGAUGCUGUACCGGAUGGGGAGUCCAAUACGUUGAUGAGCAUCAAAGGUGGAGUGAUGGGACAGUCUGCGGAGAACUGUCUGAACCUGGAGGGUGUGGAAAAGCUGAUUACGCUGCCCACGGGCUGCGCGGAGCAGACCAUGACGAAGAUGUCCCCCGCCGUCCGCGCCAUGCUGUACCUGGACGCAACCAACCAGUGGCUGAACCUGAAUCCCGACCGCAGGAAUGAAGCUAAGGACAUGAUCCAGAAAGGCUACAACAGAAUCCUGACACACAAGAAUGCUGAUGGCUCAUAUGGGUCUUUUUCAAAUGCAGCUCGCAGUGUUUGGCUCACGGCAUUCGUAGCAAAAGAGCUGACUCGCAGCAGAGAGAUCAUUACCGUGCAGGAUUCCUACAUUCAAGAGUCCAUGUCCUACUUAGUGUCCAAACAGCAUGCCACGGGUGCCUUCAGUGAUCCAAACCCUUUCUAUAGCGGACACUUGCAGGGUAGUGGUGGAGGGAUAGAUGGAGAGGCGUCGUUGACAGCAUUUGUGCUAGUGACGAUGCACCACACCUUGCCUGUGUAUCCUCUUGGAGAAGGCACCGAAUUGAGAAUGGCGAUGGUAAAAGCUCAACAGUAUCUAGAACAGAAGCUGGGGUCAUUGAAGAGGCCCUUUGCAGUUGCGAUCACCGCCUACGCCCUCUCUCUAUCCAUGCCCCAGAGCCCCACUGCCAAGCUGGCUCACGCGAAGCUCCGAGAGAUCGCCAUCUGUGACCGGGAGAAGGGAAUCUGCCACUGGGCGGAUGAGGAGAAUCCGGAAGGUGAGAAAAAAGCCCGCAGCGUUACCCAGGCCAACUCCGGCUCCGUGGAGAUGACAUCAUAUGCCCUGCUGGAGGCGCUGUUGGGGGAGGACAGGUCAUAUUCCACAAGCAUUGCCAGGUGGCUCACAGAGCAGCGCCAGUACGGGGGUGGGUUCCGCUCCACACAGGACACAGUUGUGGCCCUGGAGGCCCUGUCUGAGUACAGCAUCCAAGACAAUGAUGUUCAGGACCUUGACCUGAACGUGGAGGUGUGUCUCGAAAGAGGGAGAAGGGAGAGAUUGCUCAUCACCAAAAGAAACGCCCUCACCCAACCUGCCAUCCAGGUCAUAGGAGGAAGUGUUGUCUCUGUCAGCACAUUGGGUGUCGGAAAAGGAACCGUGUCGCUUGUUCAUACAUAUAGAACUAUGAAAAGGGCUGAUUCAUAUUGUGAUUAUUUUCACUUAAACAUCAGCUUGGAAGGAGAGGUGAAGUAUGAAAAGCGACUGGAUGAUCUUGAGCUGGAUGACUACUAUAACUAUGAGACAGGGGAGGUGGGGGAGGCACAAGAGGAGCCCUUGAGUAGGGUGGAGUGGUUUGACCUGCGCACACGCCGGAAGAGGCAUGCCCCGGAGAUACCAACGAGGGAGAGUACCCUCAUCUACACAGUGUGUUUAAGAACGAAUGGAAUGAAUUCUACUGGAAUGGCAAUAGUGGACAUCUCGCUUUUAAGUGGAUUAGAACCAAACAUGCAGGAUCUUGAAGAUCAUGUGAAGGGCACAGAAAAGUAUAUUGAUCAUUAUGAUCUCGGACCAAACAAAGUAUAUCUGUAUUUUAAUAAGAUUACAGACAGCAUGGAGUGUGUGACCUUCAGGGCCACUCAGAUCACUCCUAUAGGCCUGGUACAGCCAGCCGGUGCUGUUAUUUACGACUACUACAACCCAGAGAGGAGGUGCAGUGUCUUCUACAGCGCCCCUCAGAAGAGCAACAUGAUCUCUAAGCUGUGCAGUGAGGACGUGUGCGCCUGUGCAGAAGGUGGCUGUCCUAAAACCAUAGUCACAUUUAGCAAGAACAUGGGAGCAGAUACCCGUAACAGCUACGCCUGCUUCUCUCCCAUUGUGGACUACGUUUACUUGGUCAAGGUCCUCAAGCAAACAGAUGAUGGCGUGUUUACGUAUUACACCAUGUUGGUCACCAAAGUCCUGCAGAUACAUAAGGACAAUGCCAUCAUGAGGAAUGCGGUGCGUGAAAUGAUCGUACGGAAAAGCUGCUCGUUUAACAUGAAGCUCAACAAGGAGUACCUGAUGAUGGGCAAAAAGUCGACCAUAACACACACUACCGAUGACAACCAACAGCCUAGGUACAUCCUUAACAAUGACAUGUGGAUUGAAGAAAUACCAGAGGAGGGGAAAUGCAAGGCAACGAAGAACCGCAGGGCGUGUCAGCUUCUGAAAGACUUCAUACAACAGUAUGAGCUGAACCAGUGUGCUCUUUAAUCAGAGGAGAGUAAACUGCGUUCUCGGGAUGUGCCUCUGCAUUAACACACAGGACUUUUAAUUCAACGCUAAUCUGUUUCUUGGGUUUUCAUGAAUCUGCACACACUGUAUUUACCAAUAGUAUGUGAUGAUUUAAACACAAAUUUAUGAAAUGCUGCUCUGUUAACCAUCAUGUGCUUUUAUUACCAGUGUGAAUAUCAUAGAGACUCAAGAGCUGUGUGUUCACAGAAAAAUAAAUACAAAUAAACUUAACACUGAAAAUUUAACAUUGAAA